GUGGUGCCUUAGUCCCAAGUGUCGGUUCAAGAAGGAAACUACUUUUUCUGGGUUUUGCAGAGUGGGGGUUUUAGAGUGGAGUGUGGAGCAUCCCCAAUUAACUGCUCAAACCUCCUUCCCAAUAAUCAAUUGAACCGAAUAUCUAAUUGGCAUAUCAAGCACUCAUGAAACGGUUUCUGAAAAAAUUAUCAGAUUGCGGCGACAAAUCCUUCAUUCCUUUAUUAGCUUUGGCAGCAGCUGGAUCAACAGUAGUUUUUACUGGCAACGACACCAGUUCAAGAUCAAUUUCGGUUUCAGUACCGCAACCUUUAAAAGAUACUUUGACAUUGCAUUGGACGUAUUUGAAAGACAAAGUUCUUCGUCCUGCUUUUCUUGCCGGGGAUCCAUCGCAACUUUGUAUUGUCCCAUUAUCUUUUGCUAGAACUGGUUUGGACCCACCUGAGAAUGUGAAGAAAGAAGGUAGUGGGGAAGAUGGAGAUGAUGAGAAGAAACAUAAAUGUUGUAAUUGUUUCGGACGAGAUACUAUUGCCAAUGCAGCUGCUGCCGUUGGUCCUGCUGUUGUUAAUAUUUCUGUUUCAAGGGGCUUUCACGGGUUGAGCGCUGGAAGGAGUAUAGGAUCAGGAACUAUAAUUGAUGCUGACGGCACUAUUUUGACUUGUGCUCAUGUGGUCGAUUUUCAAGGCUUGAGUAUUUCAUCAAAAGGAAAGGUUGAUGUGACUUUGCAAGAUGGCCGUGUAUUUGAGGGUACUGUGGUCAAUGCCGAUCUACAUUCUGAUAUUGCAAUUGUAAAGAUAAAAUCCAAAACUCCACUUCCAACUGCCAAACUUGGCACUUCAAACAUGCUUCGCCCUGGGGAUUGGGUGGUGGCUAUGGGUUGCCCCCUCUCCCUUCAAAAUACAAUUACAGCAGGCAUUGUGAGCUGUGUCGAUCGUAAAAGUAGUGAUCUUGGACUUGGGGGCAUGCGGCGAGAGUAUUUACAGACUGAUUGUGCUAUUAAUGCCGGCAAUUCUGGAGGACCUCUUGUAAAUGUCGACGGAGAAGUAAUCGGAGUUAAUAUCAUGAAAGUAUUGGCAGCUGAUGGUUUGGGCUUUGCUGUACCAAUUGAUUCUGUUACCAAGAUUAUAGAUCACUUCAAGAAAAGGGGGAGAGUUAUUCGACCUUGGUUGGGUUUGAAAAUGCUCGAUCUUAAUGAUAUGGUUGUUGCACAGCUUCAGGAAAGAGAUCCAUCUUUUCCAAAAGUCAACAAGGGAGUUCUUGUAUCAAUGGUGACUCCAGGGUCCCCUGCUGAUCGUGCUGGAUUUCACCCUAGUGACGUGGUUGUUGAAUUUGAUGGAAAGCCUGUUGGGAGUAUAAAGGAGAUCAUUGAUAUAAUGGGCGAAAACCUUGGAAAACAAUUGAAAGCUGUGGUGAAAAGAGCGAAUAAUGCUACUGCCACCUUGACUGUGAUUCCAGAAGAAGCCAAUCCUGACAUGUGAAAUGACCAUUUUGCUUUUGUUCCUACAAUGUGGCCUGUGAGUUCAACCACUUUCCGUCACUGGCCUGCUACCUCGUUGAAGUUGAUUCAGAACCAAUUCCAUGUGUGUCAAUUUCUCUGGGUACAUAUUUCCUUACUGUGCAUAACUGUACUAUGCCAAUGGUCUUCUUUUGGCUAAUGUUCCGUUAUGCCACAUUCAUCGGGUAUUGGUGGAAGAAUUUAGGUUGAAGGAAUAUUUUCCCAUGUAAUUGGUGACACAAAUUAGGAAGAUUAGAUUCUGAACACAUUGAUCGUGUUAUGGAGAACGCGACAAAUGCUUCCAAAGGACUUCUCCUCUAGGGUUUGCCUUUUCUACCAUCAUUUAGAAAUACGAGGGAAGAUACUGUGCUAUGGCAACCUAAUAAGAGGUUAGUAGACAAAAUGAACAUGACAUCCAAUUCUAUUCCCCUUUGUCCAAUGUAUAUCAUCUAUACUGUAUUAGAACAGGAACCCUAAGAGAUAAGUUAAAUUACAAAUAUACCCCUUAUAUA